UUGUUUGAGAGUGUUAAACGUGAACGGUUGGUUUCGAAAGUUUUAGUAAAAAACCAAACCAGAAGCAAAAAACAAAACACGGGCAAACAUUUGUUUCGCGCAGCUAUUAUCGAAUGUGUCAACAACAACACAAAUCAAAAUAACGCUUUAGUUAAGUCAAGUCAAAUAAUCUUGAAAACCCCCUGAAAGAAAUGCUAUUGCGGAAGUGUUAGAAAUAUCAGAUGCCUUACAGAAAAUUUGCAUGCCAAAGGUGCGCAUAAAUUAAAGCCACGUAACGCAAUCGAGAGAAUGGAUGAAUGGGCUGGCUGAGUGAAACACCAACAUGAAAAUCGAAAUAUCAAAAUAACUCAAGAAGAAAACAAAAGACAAACCGAAAUAAAAUAAUUACUAAGGCGUAGGAACAAAACUAAAGAAAUACUAGAAAAUAAUAGCACAACACUUAAAUUAAUUAACAAUCAUUUGGAUAAAGGAAAUACAAUUUUGCAUGCAACAUAAACCAGCGCAUUGAUGCUGCAUUUGGAUACUCAUAUUUUCCUAUCAUUCAAAAGCAACAAGGAAAUCAUCAUUCAACAUCAACAACAAACAUAGCAUAGCCAGAUUUCUAAACUACAGGAAAUAAUAGCUAUUUUUUUUUUUUGAGCAAAAAAGAAAACAAUUUCAAGUAACAGCAAUCAUUAUUGCCUGCCAUGACGAAAGCUAAAUGGGUUUGGUAUCUGCCAUUGACGAUAUUCGUUCUACUCUAUCACACUGCCGAUGCCAAUCGACCACAAGGAUACUUCCGUGAAGUAUGCCAUUAUCGUAAAACACAAUUGUUACAGCCGGUCAGUGUGCCACGACAACAUCUACAUGCGAUACGUGAACAAAUGCAAAUUAGAGCCACACUGCAGGGUCCAGAAAUAGAUGCCUACAUAUUGCCCUCCUACGAUGAACAUCUUAAUCAGGAGAUAAGCAGAAGAGAUCAGCGUCUUAAAUAUUUGACGGGAUUUAGUGGGACAGAUGCUUUGGCGGUGGUGACCCAAAGAGGAGCAGCAUUAUGGGUACAAAAUCGUUAUGUGCAACAGGCCGAUGGUGAAUUGGAUUGUGAUUGGGAGAUUUAUAGGAUGAAUGAUACGGUGACCAUAGCAGAUUGGUUGGGGUAUUAUUUGAGACCUGGCCAGCGUGUUGGUGCCGAUCCCCAUUUGGUUCCCCAUUAUCUAUGGCGCAAAUGGGAAAAUGAUUUGGAGGGCAAGAUCCUAAAAUUAAGGAAUGUCAAUAACAAUCUCAUUGAUUUGAUAUGGAAAGAUCGCCCAGAGCCAGAUCUAAUAACCAUACAUGUCUUAUCCAAAUCCUAUGCUGGUGAAAAGUGGCAAGACAAAAUCAAAGAGCUACGCGAAAGAUUGCACCAUCUCAAAUGCGAUGCAAUGGUUGUUACAUCUUUGACAGAAAUUGCUUAUCUGUUGAAUAUAAGAGGCAAGGAUUUGCCUUUUACACCGGUCAUCAAGGCCUACCUUAUAGUGAGUCAUUAUGACAUUUUCCUUUAUGUGGAUCGUUAUAAGAUGACAGAAGCCGUUGCUGCCCAUUUGCAUAGUGACUGUUUUAAUUCAAUGUGUGUCAAGUCCAAGGAUUAUGAUCAAAUAUGGAAUGAUAUACGAACCUAUUCGCAAAUUUGGAAGAGUGUUUUGGUACCUGCACCCUGUGUUCAGGAACAAGGAGCCUCGGAAAUGGUAUAUUCCUCAUUCCCUCAGAAAAUAAUCUACGAACAUAUGUCACCCAUCAUCAUGAUGAGGGCUCAAAAGAAUUCAGUAGAACAAGAAGGCAUGCGUAUGGCCCAUAUAAGAGAUGGAGCAGCGAUAUGUGAAGCUAUGAGCAAUUUGGAAACAAGGUUCUACACUGAACAAUGGACCGAGGAAAAAAUCAAAUAUGAAGUAGAACGUUCUCGUCUCUCACAACAACAUGCCAAAGGUCUAUCCCUGCGUACUGUGGUGGCCUAUGGCGAACAUUCUUCUUAUCCCUAUUACAUCUCCAGCAAUGUCACCGAUAUUGAGGUUACCGAUCAAAGUCUUUUGGUUAUAGAAUCUGGUAGCCAGUAUUAUGAUGGCACCACUGAUGUCUCCAGAACCUUCAUCUUUGGUCAGCCCACAAAUGAUAUGAAACAGACCUAUACCAUGGUAUUGGCAGGCAUUUUGAGAUUAUCACAUUUGAAGUUUCCUUCGGAUUUGAAAGUAUCUAAAUUGGAUGCUUUGGUGCGCAGUCCUUUGUGGGUGACAAUGAGUGAUUAUCCAGGCGCCACAGGUCAUGGCAUUGGAGUGUAUGGGGCGGUACAAGAACCUCCAAUUUCCGUUGAUUAUGGCCAUGACAGCCAUUUUCACUUUAAGGAAGGUUAUUUCUUUUCAAGUGAAUCGGGCCAUUACAAGAGCGGUGACUAUGGUGUGCGCUUAAAGAACGUUUUGGAGGUGAAAAAUACCCACAAUGUUCAUCCGUCCGGAGCAAAAUAUUUAGCAUUCCAAGAUGUAACCUUAGUGCCUUAUGAGCCCAGACUAAUUGAUGGAACUUUAUUGAGUUCCUUAGAGAAACGCUGGCUCAACGAAUACAAUGGCAAAAUUCGACACUAUGUGGGCGAAGAACUAAAGCGUCAAGGUAACAUGAAAGCCUUCUAUUGGAUGAUGAACAAGACGCGUCAUAUACGUGAAUAUCUCCCCGAAGAAGAAUAUCGAGCUGCCACAGGAGCUGGGGCCCGAUCACAUGCCUUCCUAACUAUUACCGUGCCUGCUCUGCUAUUAGGUCUGACGGUUUUUGGAAGUUUUGUACGUUGGUUAUUAUAAGUGGAAAAUUUUAUUUCUAGAUUUGUUUUAACAUUAAUGCUAAGCUAGUUGACCAGUGAUGUUUAUUUCCACAGAAAAUAUUAGGGACCAUUGAAUUGAAUUCUAAAAGAAAAUAUGGUUUUCAAGCCUGACAAUAACAUUUCAUAGAACAAUAAUUGGCCUUGCUAUAAUAAAGAAUUUCUUUUGAGAUUAGUUUAGGAUAGAUUACUGCUGAAGAGCUAUAACGAAAGCAAUUUUAAAGUUAGACCUUACUUUUGAACAAUUAUGUAAAUUAUGAAUAACAAAUUGAUUUAGGCUAAGCUAAAAAUUGUAUAAAAAAACAAUAUUAAAUAAAUUGACCAAGAGACAUGUA